AUGAAAAGGCAAAUAGGGAAAACAGGAGCUUCGGUACCGGAUCGAGAUCUGCUUGCAGUGAUUGGCUCAGAUUCUGAUGGCGAUCAAGGCAAUCAACAUCAAGAAGUUGAGUUAGAUGCAUAUGACGAAAAUAAGUCUCUGCAGAAGUUUGGCACUGAUCAAGAAGGCUACAGGCUUGAUUAUUAUGAAAUAGAAGACCCUGAUGACGAAGAUUGGAAUGGUGAUGUGGAGGAAGUGGAAGCAGAGGAACACAAGGAGGAGAUAGAGGCGGAGGAUCAUAAGGUGGAAUCGGAAGUGGACGGACUUAAAAUACAAAUUCAAGAUGCUUACUUGAUGCUACCAAGAUAUUUUCCACGUAUGGAUUCGUAUGAGGAGUAA